UGGGGAGAGUUGUCCUCAUGUGGGAGAGCAUCCGGAGCCCCAGAAGGCAGCUUGGGCACCCUCAAACCGCACAGCCAUGACCCUGGGGACACUGCUUGAGGCUGGAAAAAUCUACAAAAGUUCCAGUCCCCACUGAAUCAGUCCAGGGGUCUUAAAAGAACUGAUUGGAGGAAGUGAGAAAGGCGUAGCGCCUUCUUCCUUUAGUCACCACAAAAAAACACGAGAGCGCUGAGGGCAGCGAGCGCGCCGUGCUCCGAUGGAGGUGUUUGUGUGCCUGCUCCUCGCCUGCUUCCUGUGCCCAGCAGUGUGUGCAUUAGAAGUGGAUGGAGCCGAGGGCGGUUCUGUCACGUUUCACCUUCAGGACCUGAAAGGAGAAAAUUUGGGCUGGAGUUUCAAUGGAGAGAUCAUGCUUACCAUCACACUGGGAGAGUCUCUCAAACCCUCAUUUUUUGACAACUCCUACAAGUCACGCGUGACCAUCCCCGACGACGGCAGCUCGCUCACCAUCUCCCAGCUGGGGAAGAAAGAUGCCGGUACCUACACAGCAAAAAAUCCCGUGUAUAGAGCCAACUUCACCCUGCGGGUGCACAGCGUGCUGCAGGAGCCGGAGGUGACCUGCGUGUCGUGGAACUGCUCGGCCGACGGCUGCCGCUACGUCCUGCGCUGCGCCGUGCACACCCCCGAGAUCACAUCCUUCUCUUGGAGCCAUGGAGAGCAGCUGGAUGCCGAGGAGCCCGAGCUGGUGGUGGAGGAGGAGCAGCGUCCUGGAGAGCUGGAUGUGCUGUCCUACACCUGCACGGUGCAAAACCCCGUCAGCAGCCGCAAUGUCACCGUCUCGCCCUGCCACCGUCUGCACAGAAAACGCAACCCAAUCUGCUGCCACCGACAGCAGAAGCUUUACCGGCGUCAUAGCCGUGACGGUGAUCAUAGCGCUGAUAAUCCUGGCUGUCCUCUUGGCCUUCUUGAUAUUCCGAGGCAGGAAGAUCUUCAACCCCCCCACGCCCGAAGCUCCCGCUACAGGAAAGAAAGCGGAGCCGUGAGGACAGCGCCAAAGCACGAGAGGGACUUUGGGGACAAUCUGAAGGCAGCAGCAGAGGGGGUGCAGAGAAGUGAAACGGCCCCGCUGCAGCACCGUGCCCAGCCUGAGCGACUCCUGCCUGCCUGCGCCGCCCCUAAGAGCUGCUGCCUGGAUUCCUUGGGGCUGGGGGGCUUUGGGGGCAGAGUGGCAGCAGAAUACAUGACGGUGUACGCUGAGGUCGGCAUUGCCCAGCAGGAUUUCCCUCGUGCACAGCAAAAUGACCGAAAGAAGACGCCGGCCCCUGAGGUAGAGACCUCCAAAACCAUUUAUUCCACCGUCCAGAACAUGGCCCAGGGCCCAGCACUUCUGAGCAAGCCCGAGGGCCUCCUCUGA